AUGGAUCAUGCGGGGAUAAACGAGCUCGAUCUCCUGGAUUUGGAGUUGAAUUACCCUUCUCCUAGGAUGGUUGCUGAGAGACUAAUGCGCUCAUUUCAUCCCUGGAUACGCUUUGUCUUUGACCCUCAGCUGAGACUUGUUUGGCGUGAGAGACCCAAUCGGAGGCAUAUGCCACCCUCAGCAUAG